UUCAGCCUUGACGAUGCAGUGACGGGGCCCAGCGCGACGGUGCUCUGACAGGGGGAUCAUGCAGGUUUUUUUUCUUGUUUCCAAUGAGAAGAACGAAUAACAAUGAGAAAGAGAAGAAAAGACACGCAUGGUCCCGCGCCCACGCGCGUGGGAUGCGACACAGCCCAGCGCGGUUUGGUAUUCCUUCUACCGUCCGUCUAGAAACUUCUGCACGACGUCAAGGGACGCGAGAAAGGGGGGGAUGGUUCGGUCAAUGCUCUCUAUCUCUCUCUCUCUCUCUCUCUCUCUCCCUGCUCUCUCUUUUCGAGGAACUCACGCUCCGAUGGUGCCUCGGAACGGCCGUGGAACAAGUUUGGAAAUCCCUCUGGAUGGGACCUGCGAGAGAAGGGCCAUUCAGAAGCAGAUCCGGGAGGUCAAGCGUAGUACUGACUGCGUCAUCGGUCGGCCGAGCGCGGCGGGGCCUCCUGAAGCCGUUGAUAUGCUGUGAAUGCGACCAACGUCGCAAGCCGGCGGGCCGCUUGCAUUCGCGGAUCUACGUGACGUGAGGACUGAUCUUUGCAAGGCGGCAAAGAUCACGAUGGCCUUCAGGGCGCUGACUCGCAGAGGUCCGGUCUAGUUAGCGGCUGACAGAAACGAUUAGGCGCGGGGGGCCGGGAGAACGGCAGCGGGACAUGCAGCAGUGUCCCCGCCGAGUGAGGAGGGGAUGGGCCGCUUUAGUCGGGGAGGCUUCGUC